AAUAACACGACGUGAAAAUAAUGCAUACGCUAAACUGGAGUUUGUCACAGUGGUGAGAGCAAGCGCGGCUAAAGUGAUUAAGUUUAGGUUUAAUGUAUUAGGAAGUGGUUUAUAAGACUGCCGUACGACGGUUUGACUAGCUUCGUUCAGAUCAUGUGGUUUCCGAGAAAAUGUCUACGGAGACGCUUCCUUUGGAGCAAACUGGCGUUCUUCUGACAGUUCGUUUAAUUGAUCUAUACGGUCAGUGUGCAUUGGUAAAAUAUAAGGGUUAUUCGUGUAAGACUUUUGAUAAUGUCAUAUCCGGCAGCAAUUCCUCUUUGUUAUUUCUAACUGAGGCUGUCCUCAUAACACCAACAUGCAUAGUUUGAGACAUGCACUGGAAUCCACUUUUGUCUUUGCGUUGUGGGUGAACAUUGCUGACAUCUCAGCCUCUUCCUGUGUUGUCACUGUGGAUGUGAAGAGACCACUUAGAGAACUCAAACACUUCUGGAGAAGCUCUGGUUUCUGUCCCCCUCUCCCCCACACCCAGGCUCACCAGUAUGACCUGACCAGAGACCAGGAAUUGAACCUGGCUUAUGUGGGCUCAGUUCCCCAUGGAGGAAUCCAGCAGGUCAGGAUACACUGGAUGCUGGAGCUGGUCACAGCACAAGAUGUUCAGGGUGAACCACAGUAUGACUUCUCUAAACUGGACCAACUGAUAGAGCUCUUGUGGAUUAAUAGACUACGACCAGGUUUUGAACUGAUGGGCAGUGUCUCCAACUACUUUACUGACUUUGAAGACAAAAAACAAGUAGUCAAGUGGAGAGACCUGGUCUAUCUCAUUGCAAAGAGAUACAUUGACAAAUAUGGUUUGGGAAUUGUCUCACGCUGGAACUUUGAAACAUGGAAUGAGCCCAACAACCAUGAUUUUGACAAUGUCACCAUGUCUCUUCAAGGGUUCCUCAACUACUACGAUGCCUGUUCUGAGGGUCUGCGGGCAGCCAGCAGUGCUUUGAGGUUUGGUGGUCCGGGGGACUCUUGUCACUCUCCUCCACACUCGGCGUACUGCUGGGCCAUGCUUCAGCACUGCUAUAACGGCACCAACUUCUUCACUGGCGAGACGGGGGUCCGGCUCAACUAUAUUGCCCUGCACAAGAAGGGAGGAGGCUAUUCGCUUCCCAUCCUUGAGCAAGAGAUCCAGACAGUUAGGGAGAUCCAGGAGCGUUUUCCUCUCUAUCGCAGCCUCCCUGUUUACAAUGAUGAGGCUGAUCCGCUGGUGGGCUGGUCCAGACCACAGGUGUGGAGGGCUGAUGUCACCUAUGCUGCCAUGGUAGUCAAGGUGAUCACCCAGCACCAGGAUCUGCUGCUGGUGGGCAAAAACUACAACACCAUUAACUACACCCUCCUGAGCAAUGACAAUGCCUUCCUCAGCUACCAUCCAUACCCGUUCACCCAGCGUACCCUGACAGCCCGCUUCCAGGUCAACAACACCCAGCCCCCCCAUGUCCAGCUGAUCAGGAAACCUGUCCUCACCGUCAUGGGGCUCCUGGCUCUGCUAGGAGAAACACAGAUCCUGGCUCAGGUUUCAGACUCAACAGGGAGCAACAACAAAACUCUGGGGGUUCUUGCCAGCAGCCACAAACCCCUUUUACCAGGCACCUCAGACAGCUGGCAAGCAACUGUGUUGGUCUACAACAGUGAUGACAACCGAACCUCCACCAACACUGAUGACGUCACCGUCUCAAUCAAAGGACUGGCUGGACAAAAGGGUCUUGUGUACGUCAAAUAUUAUCUGGACAAUAAUGUGACCAACCCAUACCAGCUGUGGCAGAGUAUCAGCAGCCCCGACUACCCCUCAGCAGAGCAGUUCAGACGGCUCAGGAGCACUGAGGACCCACAGGUUGAUGGGCCCUGGCCCGUUCCCACCGGGGACACGCUAACGUUGAAAGCCAGGCUUCUUGUGCCUGCCGUCCUCCUCAUCCACAUCUGUGCCAAGCCUAAGGCUGUGCCAGACCAGGUGAAUGGACUGCGCUUCAUCAAGAUCACCAAAGGCCAGGUCCUGGUAGUCUGGUCAGAUAGCUGUACUAAUUCCAAAUGCAUUAAGUCAUUUGAAGUGGAUUUCUCAAAGGACAACAAGGAAUUCUGCCGAAUAAACACCCAGGAUACCAUUUUUACAUCUUAUGUCUACUCACCUGUAAACCAGGAAGUUGGUGGUUUCUACAGAGUUCGAGCUGUGGACUAUUGGGGGAGGCCUGGAGCAUACUCUCUGGUUGAGAGGUAUUCAGAAGACCACUAGCUAACCACUGGUUCAUAUUCUGCACCGUGGUUCAAAUCCUGACUAAGAUGAGUGUUGUGUUUUCAUGCAUUUCUUUGUACAGUGCAAAUACUUUUUUGCAAUGUGUAUGUCAGAAUCAUUUCCAUAGAUUUCACUUUGGGUUUCAUAAUACUUGAUGUUUCCUAAUUGGAAUAUACUGCAAUAUGCACUACUGUUUUUAUGAGUAAAUUUUUGGAAAUAUACUUAGCUUUCGUCUGAUCUUUGCACUAUAUUUUAAAAGGACACAAUUUUAUGAAAACAAUGGACAACUAGAACUUAAUUUAUAAAAUUUAUUGUCACCAACACAAAGUCAGACAUUGCAGAUGUUAACCAACAAAUUAGCAAAGGUGAGCUGUCGCCUAACUCAAACCUCUGUGUUUUACUGCAUUUGGCAUUCAUUUGCGUGCAUCCUUUUGGUGUGA